GGGACCUCUUACAUUAUCCUGAAAUGAAAGGACAAAGAGAAACUGUAUUACACCUCCCAUACGUGAGAUGGCAGCACGACCACAUGACAGGUGAUGCGGCAACAAAUAAAGGGAGCAAAGACGUAUGACCAGAACAAGCUAUGCGAGGUUAUUUUCUUGUGACUGGCUGGAGCUCCAACAUGCACAGUUUGGUGGUACAAGCUCUUGCCAUGAGGCAGCUAGGAAGGCUGAACCCGCGCCAUCUCCUAGCUGCUGGUUAUGGACCUGCACACACUGAAUGGUGUCCCAGGACCAUCCAUACACGCCAGCUGUGGGGUUGCGCAGCCUACCCCACACUGGGCGGCCAGCGGCCGGCUCUUUGCAGCAGGGAUGCCAUCAGGAGUCUGUCAGUCCAUCAACUUAGGUUCAAAAGCAACAGGAAGAAAGGUGCUGCUAAGCCAACGUAUGAAGAGGAAGAAAAGGAUCCUGAGAGCAGUGAUUCUGAGGAUGAGGUGGAUGAGGACCCAAAUGUUCCAAAAGACUAUAAAGACAUUGAGAAAUAUGUGCAGUCCUUUCGUUAUGAUGUCGUUUUAAAAGCUGGCUUGGACAUGGCGCGCAAUAAAAUUGAAGAUAGCUUCUACAGCAACAAGCUCAGACUAAACGGACAAAAGCUUAUCAAGAAAAGUAAAACGGUGAAAGUUGGGGACACUUUGGACCUGGUGUUGUCAGAGAAUCAUGAUACCAACACUGUUACUUUAAUGAGAGUUGUGCUGAAGGCUUUGGGUGAAUCCAGUAAUGCAGAAAGGUACAAAGUUUCUGUAAGGCGCUGGAAGUUAAUUGUGCUUCCCAAGGAUGAGGCCUUUAAGCCUUGAAGUCAAAUAUAAACAUGACUGCAAUACCAUUGGCCAAUUAAGGCACAAGGACAAGAGAUGGAAGCAACUGAGAUGGACUAUCUUGGUUUCUAGACAUGAAACAAAAAAUGGACUUUCCAUUUUUCCGCUGGCCAAUAAAUAUGCACUUUGAUGAACUUGAA